AUGGCGUCAACCACUCCUGUAAUCACGGAUACGUCUGAGCAUCUCACCAGACUGAAUAUCGCGCACCCGACUUCCUCUGUGCAUCACAGCAUGGCACCCAGCGUUGAUCAGCCCUCUGAGAGCGAGCAUACCAAGCUGACUCUGGAGGCUCUGCCUCCUGAAAUCAAGAAUGAGAUCUUCUCGUACCUUCUGCUAGGUGCCAAAGUCAAGUACUCAACCAACGGUUCCUGGCCUGGUCACAAAUACAAGUUCGACACAACCAUCAUGCGUGUCAACAAACAGUUGAGCCAAGAUGCUAAAACUUAUCUUCGCGGUCAAAAUGACUUCGCCCUCAUCAGCUCCAAGUUCUUCGCUUUCGAAAUUGACAGGAAACGCUUCUUGCCCACAGUCGCUACGGGCAAGGCUGCCAGGUCCUUCAAGGGUCCCUCGAUCGAAGCUACCAUAACCCAUGUCGAAACGCCCUUGUGCGUAUGCUGCAACCCUAAAAAGCACAAGGACAAGGACCGCGCCACCCAUGCGCUAUUCCUGGUCGCCGAUCUCCAGCAUUUGAUCAGAGAACUACGCUUGACAUUCCACAUGUGGCCUUCCAAACCCAUCUAUGUCAUCUCAGAGCCGUCCAUCUCCCUCGUCGAACAUAUCCCGGUCAAUGUCGACACCCAGGUCAAGGUUGUCUGGAAGGUCCACCCAUCUCCUCGUCAGGACUUGACUGUUGCCGAGCGCCGAGCUAGACAGACCCGCUUGAUCGCCCCUCUCGACUUUCCCACAGGCAGUGGCAAGAACAUCUCCGUGCUGGGUGCGGACAAAGACAUUGCUCGCAAAGUCACAGAGCAAGAAAUGCCUCGUAUUCUGUCUAUCGAUGCUGUCGGAUGGGACCUAUAUCACCUCCUCAAGGCUCAAAAGAAGCACCUAGACACCAUCUUGUCACAAGAACCUCCGUCCUUUGCCAGUCUCAUCCACUCCUACACAGAUCUCGCUUGUGCAGGAUGGCAAUUGGAUAUCACUGGCCAGUGGAGGUACGCUUCUGUAACCAGACAUGUCUGUAUUCACGGUAGAAUGGUUAGCUUGUGUCUGAUGCCUUGGGAUGAGCUUGAUGACGAAGAUUACGAGGAGAAGGUUGCAGACUCGUGGCAGUUGGCUGUUGUAUCCUUGGUACUCGAUUGUUUAUUCACAGUCGCCAGGCUUGGUCUGGAGGAGAAGACCUUUGACCAUCUCAAGGACUGCAUCGACACCAUUCUGCAUAUCAUUGCUUACACUUUCCGUCCCCACAUGGCGCCCUUCUUGUUCCCCGACCGCUUCAGGGCCUUGCUGGGACACUGGGAGGCGUGGUACACCGUUCAUGAAAACUUGACCCGUGACCCCAGGGGCCAGGACCGCUAUGCACGCGGCAUCGAAACGCUUGAAGCAGCAAGAAAGCUCAUCCCAGCUGAAGACGAUGAGGUUUGGCGUCCGAUCAACGAGGACUUGGAGUUCCUGAACAAAGUUGCUGCAGGCGAAGCUGAACCCUGGAAGAGAGACUUUGGUCGCUUCUCCUUUCCAUGCAUCAACUUCCAGGGUCUGCUCAACAGAUCACGCAUCCACAGCACGCCUGUUCAUCCCAGACCACCAUGCGGAACUCAUCACGGCUGGGCCACCAAGCAAGGAUUCCCCAAGCCGGACGUGGCUGCAGACAUGAUGAAGUUCGUCGACGACUUCUCCAAGCUCAAACCCGAGGAGAGAACCCACGAGUGGACCGACAAGGCACUUGACCACGGACACUUUGCUAGUGCUUUUUUGAACCUUCCUCGCGAGCCCGAGGAAGAUGGAGACCCCGGCAUGCCUCCAGAUUUUCCUCAAGGCAUCUUUGGGAUUCAGGUUGGACCAGUGACCACUGUUGGGGAGCUCUUCGCAAGCAUGGGUAUGCCUAACGGUCCCCCGCCUCCACCUCCUUGA